GCCGAGGCCAGCCGCGCGCCAGCUGGCGGGGGCGGCUGCGAGCCCGCCGGCCCCGCGGCAGCGGCGGCGGCGGCGGGCGGCGGCGACUGCUGCGUGGUCGUCGAGGAGGCCCGCCAGCGCCCUCGGCGCCGGCCCGCGCCGCUCUGCUCCGACUGCGUGCCGUGCGAGAUCUGCGGCGCGAUGGUGCCGUUCGACAUUGGGUGGAGCACGCCUCGACCCACGACACUCUUCCGCCGCCCGUGCGCAGCACUGUGCGGCAGGGCGAGCCGGAAGGUGACGACUGCGUCGCGGUCGAGACCCCCGCCAACAGUGCGUCUCUCCAGCCCUCGCAGCGCGGGGCUGGAGCGGAGCCCCUGGAUGGCAACGACUGCCUUGAGGUCGACUCGCAGGCGGCCCGCAGCGUGGCCUCUGGCUCCAGAUGCGUGGCGCCUGGCACGGCGGGCGACUGCGCGGUCGUCGACCCGCGGGACGCCUGCGCCGCGCCCUUCCCUGGCGCUGGGUUGCCCACGCCGCGGCGGAAGCGCCCGCGCCGGGCCCUGGGGGGCGCAGCUGCGUGGCCACCGGCGGGUUCGCCGCCCGACGCUGGCGAGGCCGCCGCGUUUGCGGACAGCGACGUGGAGGUCUGCUGCGAGUUCCCAGGCAGCGGCGACCUCUCGGGGCCUGGGCGAGGUGCCGGGGCCCUCGGCGUGAGCGUGAGCGCGGGCAUCCCGUGCGACCUCUGCGGCGCGCAGGUGCCCACGGCGGACUUUCCCGCGCACGCGGCCGCGCACGUCUCAGAGAGCCGCGGGGCGUCCAGCUCCAGCGGCGCCGGGAUCGCCGUCUGCAGCGUGUGUGGCACCGUGGUGGCGCCGUGCGAGCUGGCCGACCACGAGGCGGCCCACCGGGUGCACCAGGAGCUGGUGGAGGCGGAGCUGCAACAGUCGACCUCGGAGGUGGACAUCGCCGUGCAGCUGGUGAGCAUGGCGCGCCAAGGCGGCUCUGGGCUGCUUGGUAACCGGAGGAGUAUGGACCCUGGUGAUGCCAUCCUGGCGCGGUGGAGCGACGGCCAUUGGUACCAUGGCCACCUGCAGUCCGCAGGCUCUGGCAACCUGGUCACCGUGAGCUGGGAUCCGCCGUGCAACUCGUGGGCACCCGAGGCAAUAUCGGUCAACGACAUCAUGCCCCGGACAGAGCAGGCCAGGGAGGUCUGCAACUUCGACGUGGCGGUGGCCUUCGUGAAAAAGAUGAGGUCCAUGAGCGAGGCCGCGGGCUCUCUGGAGAUAGUGUACCACUACACGAGGGGGGAAAACGUCCAUCAGAUCGUGGAGAACAGCCUCAAGGUUCCAGGCACCACGAACGCUGACGGGUCGAAGGUGACUGUCAAGAACGGGUCGGUUAUGGCUGCGGCAUCUACGCCGCGACGAAUAUGACCUUCGGCCAUAACUUCGGCUGCGGCCACAAGUGCGCUUUCCUGUGCCUUGCCGUGCCGGGCGCUGCCCAGGUGUGCACCGGUGGCUCUGGCAAGCUCAGGGGGAACUACGACUCGCUGAGCAACGGGGCCCUGCGGCUGUACCGGUCCUCCGAUCAGAUGUUGCCGCUCUUCUUCACGGACGUCGCGACCGCGCCCCGCCUCGAGGAGUGCGCGAGGAACAUCAUCGCCUUUUUGGCCCAAAGGGGCCUCGGCAGUGUCGAUGCCAGCGUUCCGCCGUUCAGGGCCAAGGAAACCGUGGAUGCCCUGUGGCAGGACGCGUGGUGGAAGGCGAGAGUGCGCAAGCGACACCCCGAUGGCACCUACGACAUCGAGUGGUUGCCACCUUAUCAGGCGUACCCCGCGGAAUGCAGAGUUGCCGCAAGGCUUUUGCGCAGGCCAUCCGGUUGACAGCAGACGCCCCAGUGUGCUAGCCGUCUCAGUCGUGGUGCGCCCACGCAAUUCCAACUUUGCCCCUUCCUCUUCUCCUCUCGUAGGAUGCAACUCCUGGGUGGUUCGAUUUUCAAUCGGCGCUGGUUUAUUAUCCCUGGUCGAAAGCUGACCUAAUCUGGCAGAGUCCCACUAAAU